AUGCCUGGUGCCCACACACACUGCUGGAGGGCACUCCAGGUAGUCACCCUCUGGACUACCACUGUCUAUGCUCCCUGUCAACCAAGACUGGUGAUGUCCAGUGCUUCAAUUCCAAAACCUCUCAAUCUGGCAAGGAUGACCAACUGGCCUGGGAGCCCUUAUGUCAGGGGGGGUAUUUGUCUACCAGUGGAAUGUCUCCUUGACACUCUGGACAGUGUCAUGUUCCAGUACCUGGAAGGCUGCAGUCUUCCAGAUGAUUAUGCUGCUUGGAGGACUCCAAUGUUGGCUGCCACAGGUUCUUACAUGGCUCCUCAUCAAGACCCUCAUGGGGUUGGGACUAUUUUGCAUUGCAAGGCUGGCCACAAGCUACUUUUCUUCCCAAUCAACACGUCCCAACCUCUGAUUGUGACAUUCAAUGAUAUUGAGUCUGAUGGUGCAAUGGGGUUUGAGUACCUCUAUUACCAACCUCAUGAAUACAGCCAUUUCAUCCUUUCCCCAGGGCAAACACUUGCAUGGCUCCAGGGUUGGUCCAUUGGGUGGACCAUCAUCAGCAAUUGCAAGAGGGUGGUGAGACGCAUAGUUGUGGAAUGA